CCAAUGAGCACGACGUACGGCACGAUCCCCACCGGCAGAUCGGGGGCGCCGCCGCCGUCCGAUCUGCCGUCGUCGCGAUCGGUGAUGCUAGCGCGGCGGCCAUGGCGGGAGAUGGUGACAUCUCUGUCGCUGCCGCGGAGCGUCGGCGCGGCGGCGGAGCGCAGCCGCGCCAAUGCCGCCUAUUUCCACGUGAAUUACUCGAUCAUCGUCCUCUUCGCGCUCUUCGUGAGCCUUCUGUGGCACCCGGUCUCGCUCGUCGUGUUCCUCGCCACCAUGGCCGCCUGGCUCUUCCUCUACUUCCUCCGCGACGAUCAGAUCGUGCUCUGUGGCUAUGCCGUCGAGGAGCGCGUCGUCCUCGUCGUGCUGUCGAUCUUCACCGUCUGCUUGUUGCUCAUGACACAUGCGGCUGUGUUUCUCGUCGGCGCGGCCGUCGGCCUCCUUCUGGUGGCGGCGCACGCCGUCGUUAGGAACACCGGCGAUUCGGAUCUUCAGGACAUGGCGCCGUUUGUGUAGAAACGGAUCUGGAGAUACAUCAGAUUCGUUGGUUUUUUUUUUUUUUUUUCAAUAUCAUGAUUCUUGUGAUUGGAUUUAAUUGAUUAAGAAGAUUUGAUGGGAAGAUUAAUUUUAAUGAUUUG